GUGCAUCCUCCCUUUUCGCCCAGGGGAUGGGCACCCAACUGUGCGAGGCCCCUGGAGGGAAGGACUGGAAGCCCUUUUACCGGGAGGAAAUGAGGAGGGGGCAGCAUCUUGCUGCAGUUGGAGUCCAAGUAGCUGUUUGCCCACAGUGUCCUUUGAGGUUGGAGGGCGAGCGACCUUGCACGAUUACAUCACGAGGGGCCUGAGUUCAGAUGCCUGGAGACCCUGCAGAAGGGCACCAGGCAUCCCCGACAUCCUCUGGCUUCUCCCCCGUCCAGUGGACAAGUGGACCUGGCAGCCACCCCACUGUGGGCCCUGCAUUUGCAAAGGGAAGGCUGAGGGCCCCCAGGGGUUGUUGUGAUUCCUAAACAAUUGUGCCCAGAAGCACAGUGAGGCUGGAGGAAGGUAUACAUUGUAUUAAAAUGACUUGUUUAUCUCUCUGUUGAAUGAUGCUCCUCCUUCGCUCCCCACCCCCCCAUGCAAGGCAGCCAGACACACCUUGGGGCCACGAGGAGUAGUGCCCUCGGCCUCAGUCUUCCCCACUGACAAAUGGGCCACAUCUGCACCUUCCCAGGGCCCUUUUGAGGAUGAUUUGAGUACAUGCAUGAAGCAGGGAGCCCAGCACCCAGUAUUGCUACAUCCAUGUAGCAAAACUACAUAAACACCUACUGUUACAACUAGCUAUAUUGAUGUCAUGCUUUUCCAGGUCAUGGGACUGUUUGCUUACUUAGUGAGUCAAUAGGUCCAUCCCUCUGCCACCUCUCUGGUUCCUUGCACCUCACCCUCUUACUCUGGACACACCACCACCACCACCACCACCACCAAGAAGUUGCCAAGGGCUUGGGGGAACAUUCAACCUGUCGGUGAGUUUGGGCAGCUCAGGCAAACCAUCGACCGUUGAGUGGACCCCGAGGCCUGGAAGUGCCAUCCAGCCAUCGUGACCCCCACCUUCCAGAUCUGGGGGGCGGGUCCUGCCUGGCCACGUCCCCUCCUUUAGGCCACGGAGAAAGUCACAAUCAACAUUCAUUGUUGUCGGUGGGUUGUGAGGACGGAGGCCAGACCCACCGAGGGAUGAAUGUCACUGUGGCUGGGCCACACGCAGCCUGAGGGGAAGUGGGCUGGGGGGGACAAGACCCACCAUGGGUUCCCCCAAAUGGCUCAGCCUGUACCUUGCCCUGACCCCACAGCCUCUCACCACUUGGGAGGGCUGGUGUCUGGGGUCCUAAUGGACACAAGCUGGAUUUGGGGGAGAAAUCCUGGAGGGCUGGAGAGCUAAAAACCCUUCUGGAAGGGGAUGGCGAGCUUAAGAGAAUAAGUGAAUGGGGCCCUCUUCUCUGAGUCCAGGUCCUGGGCUCAGUUCUCUCACCCUCCUUGCCCACACCCUCCAUCGCCCACCUAGCACUUGGUGCUGGCUGAUCCCUCCCACUGCAUGUCUGUGCUCCUGGGCACACUCCCUCCUCCUGAGGCUGGCUGAGGUCUCAUGUGAGGGAGGGAAGAUCAAAACUCCGUGAGUGCCGGGGGUCCUCCCAUUAGCCCACCUUGGCCUCUGCUCUUCCCAACCUCCCCACUUCACCCCCUCACCACCCCAGGGACAGAACAGGCUGCCUGGCCAGCACCUAGCCUUGAGGGCCCCAAUAAGUAGAAGGGGAAAGGCAGAAUUUGUGUUAGUCUUUGUGAAUAGCCCUAGGGGCAGGUGGCUUCAUACCUCAGCUUGCUCAUCCAUUAAGUGGGGGACAAUAGGUGUGGAAACACCCUAAGGCAGACCAGAGCUGGGGCCCAGAACCUGAUACCAUCCCCCUUCCAGGGGCAUUUGGAGAAUCUUCAGGUGUCCCCCUAUUCCCACUCCUUCCCCAAAGGCCCAAGGGCACCUGGCCCUUCCCCGAAACCAGGGGAAGGAAGAAAGCAAUUACUAAGUUACAGGUUACAUCAAUGCUUAUCUUGAGGCAGGGCUUCCAACACUAUCCACCCUCCCACCCCAAAUCCUGUGGGGCAGGGUGGUGGGCCUCCUCAAAGGAGGGGUUGGGGGUAGCCCUCCAAACAGCCUCUGGGUGGGGUAUAUGGCUCUAAAUUGCAGACUGUGUCCUGUAUCCUGCCCCUCCCGCCCCCCCAGAGAACGCACACCUCCUUGGCAGGUGCAUUUACUGGGAGCUAGCCCCCCUGUGACAAUAGGAAGUCUCCCACAGGCUGUUCCUCCCCCUUCACAACCCCUUGGAGGUAUAAGGAGAGAACUGACAGCCCAGACUCCUAGGCUCCAGAGAGGGGAAGGGAGGGGCAGGGAGGAAGCAGAGAAGGACGAGCUUGGGGCAGGCAGGGUUUCUCCUCUUUCUGCCCCAAACGCCUGGCACAUACUGCCCAGCCAUGGGGACCUUCGACCUGUGGACAGAUUACCUGGGUUUGGCACGUCUGGUGGGGGCUCUGCGUGGGGAGGAAGAGCCUGAGACCAGGCUGGAACCCCAGCCAGAACCAGUGCCAGGACCAGGGGAUCAGGGGGCCAGCCCGGAAGCCUCACCAGCUCCGGAACGCCUGUGCUCUUUCUGCAAACACAACGGCGAGUCCCGGGCCAUCUACCAGUCCCACGUGCUCAAGGACGAGGCGGGCCGGGUGCUGUGCCCCAUCCUCCGAGACUACGUGUGCCCCCAGUGCGGCGCCACUAGAGAUCGAGCCCACACCCGCCGCUUCUGCCCACUCACCGGCCAAGGCUACACCUCUGUCUACAGCUACACCACCCGCAACUCUGCAGGCAAGAAGUUGGCCCGCUCCGACAAGGCGAGGACACAGGACUCCAGUCACCGUAGAGGAGGAGGAGCCGGUGCAGGUUCCAAAGGUGCCAGGAAGUCGUCUGGACCUUCGCCCUCUUCCUGCUGCCCCUCCAAUUCUGUCUAGAAGGCAGGUUCGGGGAGGACGUCCGGGAUGCUGCCUCCCCCUAGCCUGGGGACUCCUUGAAGCCUGGAUUUCAGGGAAGAUGCAUCAGGCAAGGACCCUGCCUUGACCCCCUCCCCCAGCCUGGGGCUUGUAUGAGGGAGCAGCGACUGGAAACAUGACUGGAAGAGCCCUGUGAGGAAGGAGGUGGCCUGGAACAACCUGCCUGCCCUCCCUCCCCAACACCAGGCGCCCAGUCAGCUCUCAAUAAAUGCUAUGAAUG